GUUACCAACGCCGCUUAUGAGAAACCACCGAAGCAAACCUUGGAGAACACCGCCAGCAUUGAACAAGGGAAAUCAGUGACUCCGGACUCAGCAUAAAAUUAAAGACGAGGUGCUCCACGAUAAUAAAUUCCCUUGGACAUUUGUAAGAGUAGACUGUCUUCCGACAUGAAUCCUGUGUAUAGUCCUGUCCAGCCCGGGACACCGUACGGGAACCCCAAGAACAUGGCAUACGCAGGCUAUCCUGCAGGUUAUCCUCAGACUCCUACCUAUACACCCAACCUCUACCAGACUGGCAGUCCAGGCUAUCCCCCAGUGCUGCUGGUGAAGCAGGGCUGGCCCCAGGCCUCCGGUGCUGCAGUGGCCCCAGAGGGCUCCUAUGACCUGGCCAUGGACGCAGGCUCAGAGGGCCGCCAGUACCAGGCCUCAGCCGCAGCUUUCAGUAAAUAUGACCCUAUAGCCCACCUGCUGGACUGGGGCCUCUACAUGCCCACCGUUGCACCAGGAACAAGGCAUGCCGUUCCCAUGGUUACCGCCCCUGCACUGUGUGCCAUCCUCAGCUAG